AUGAAUGAAAAAAAGUAUUGGGUUAAAGUAUUGCACCGUGUAGUAUCUGUUGUUAAAUUUUUGGCUGUUCGUGGGUUAGUAUUUGAGGGUAAUGACUCACGGUUGGGUUCUCUGAGUAAUGGAAAUUUUCUUGGAAUUCUUGAAGUUAUUUCCGAAUUUGAUCCCUUUUUAAAACAACAUAUGAAUGAACGCGCUAAUAAAGGAUCAGGCAAUUUGCAAGAAAGUAAAUACUUCGGUUUAAUUUUAGAUUCUACUCCAGAUAGAGCACAUAGAGAUCAAUUUGCUGUUGUUGUUAGAUAUUGUUAUAAAGGGUUAGUUCUUGAGCGAUUCUUAACAUACAUUCAUAUAUUAAACCAUACUGGUAUUUCAACGGCCGAAGAAUACAAUACAUCAAUGUCUGGACUAAGAUCAGAAAAGCGUGGUGAACUACGAAUAUUGGAAUCAUCAUGUUAA